AUGGCUGAAGCAUCCCCCGCCAUGAAAGCGCAACUCGACGCCGCAACCCCCUCCACGGAACCCUCCCCCUCCCCGCCCCUCCCGGCCCCCAUCUUCACAACCCCGCGCCUCCUCAUCCGGCCCCUGCACCCGCAAGACGCCCUCUCCAUGGCGCACCACGCCAACAACCCGCUCGUGGCGCAGUACAUGAACGGAACCUUCCCAUCCCCCUACACGCUCGACAGCUCGCGCACCUGGAUCGCCAUGAACGCCGCCCCGCCGGUGCUGAACUGGGGCGUAUGUCUUCUCGACGCCCCUGACGUCGUGAUCGGCAGCUGCGGACUGAAGCCCGGGGCCGACGUGAAGGCGCACGGCGCGGAGAUCGGGUUCUGGCUGGGCGAGAAGUACUGGGGGAAGGGGCUUGUGACGGAGGUGCUGGCCGGGCUGGUGGAGUGGGUGUUUGGCAGCGAGGAGAGCAGGGUCGCGCAGGUGGAGGGGGGGAGGUGGACGAGGUUGUGGGGCGGGGCGUUUGCGGAGAACACGGGGAGCGUGCGGUGUUUUGAGAAGAACGGAGAAGAACGGGGUGGUGAGUGA